GAAUUCUGGGCUGGUGGGCUGCUUCCCGUUAGGAGGACACCCCUCCAUCCGCUUUCAGCUCAGCCCCUUUCCCAUUUAAAACACGGAUUUCAAUACAACCCUCAAUUUCUUUUCUCCAUUUUUUUUCUUUUCCUUUUUUUUUUUUAUAUAUGCAAAGCGAGGCUUAUGAAGCGCUGCCGUUGCCAGAAGGGCUCAGACCAAAUUUCCCCCCCUCUCCCCCCAAAAAAAUUCCCCGGCUCUUGGUUUUUUUGAAUACCUGCUUACAGUGGGGCACAAUGGGCAGCUCGGAGAAGAAAAAUUGAUAAUCUUCACGGAAGAGUAAUUUGAAUGAAAUUACACUUGACAGCCCGUCUCCAAGCAAACGAGGAGAGCGAAGGGAGCCUUGGCUAAGCUGGGAGGACUUGCCUAAGCCUCUGCUCUUGGAGCUUCCCAGGGAAAAAAAAAAUAAUAAUAAAGAAAGAAAAAAAAAAAUCCACACUUUUUUUUUUUUCCUACAUCUGCCUGAAGCUUUUGAUUAAUUCUCUGUAGCUGUUUCUAGUGAAGAAAGGUAGCCAUGGAAGAGAAUAUGGAAGAGGGACAAACACAGAAAGGGUGCUUUGAGUGCUGCAUCAAAUGCCUGGGGGGGAUUCCCUACGCAUCCUUGAUUGCCACCAUCCUGCUCUACGCUGGAGUCGCGCUGUUCUGCGGGUGUGGGCAUGAAGCCCUUUCAGGCACCGUCAACAUUCUGCAAACCUACUUUGAGAUGACGAGAGCUGCAGGAGACGUUAUUGAUGUCUUUACCAUGAUUGACAUCUUUAAGUAUGUGAUAUAUGGUGUAGCAGCUGCUUUCUUUGUAUAUGGCAUUUUGCUGAUGGUGGAGGGAUUCUUUACAACUGGUGCCAUCAAGGAUCUCUACGGGGAUUUCAAAAUCACCACUUGCGGCAGAUGUGUCAGUGCCUGGUUUAUUAUGCUGACAUACAUCUUUAUGUUGGCCUGGCUUGGCGUGACAGCUUUCACUUCUCUGCCCGUUUACAUGUACUUCAACCUGUGGACCAUUUGCCGAAAUGCCACCGUGGUGGACGGAGCUAAUCUCUGCUUGGAUCUUCGCCAGUAUGGUAUCGUAACUAUUGGAGAGGAAAAGAAGGUUUGCACCUCAUCAGAAAGUUUCUUCAAGAUGUGUGACUCGAAUGAGCUAAACAUGACGUUCCACUUGUUCAUCGUGGCUCUUGCUGGAGCUGGCGCAGCGGUCAUCGCCAUGGUCCAUUAUCUCAUGGUCUUGUCUGCCAACUGGGCCUACGUGAAAGACGCCUGCAGAAUGCAAAAAUACGAGGAUAUUAAAUCAAAGGAGGAGCAAGAGCUUCAUGACAUUCAUUCUACUCGCUCUAAAGAGCGGCUCAACGCUUACACAUAAGAGAAACCUUGUCUUACUUCCUAACACGUGAAUGCUUUGUUGUUUAACUAAAGGCCAUCCAACCAUCUUAAAAACAAUUGAAAGUGCUUCUCACAAAAGAUAGUUGGGGUGACUCACACAUCGCCCAUGUACAAUUCUUGGUUGUCUAGCACUUGGUUUCUUAAUUAGUUCUUACUUUGUGUAACCAUUCUCUGCCACAGAGCUCCUAAAUAGCCUUUCCUGAAUCCUUUUAAGCUAAUUAGUUCUGCUAGAUCAAGGAUACUAAACUAUUGUCAAAUACAAAUAUGUGUUUGAUUUUUUUAAUCACUUUGUAUGUGUUAUGCAUAACACCUUUUGCAUUGUUUCUUAUAUGUUUUUGAAGAAAAAAAGAAGUAGCUUUUUAUACUUUUUAGUUUUGAGUUCAAUAACUACUUUAACUACAGGUAUACUUCAAAGGGACCAUUGUACGCGACGUACAAUAUAUAAAGAAAACAUUCUGAUGACUUUCCUUUAUAUUUGGAAAACUUGCCAGAUGGACCCUGAUCAACUUGAAUGAAGGUCCUAAGAACGUUUUAAACAAUCAAAGGUGCAAUUUCUAAAUUUGUAAUAGUGGGUAAAAAAAAAAAAAAAAAAGAAAAAAAGAGAAAAAAGAAAAAAAGAAAAAAAAAAUUAAAAAGUGCUUCUUAUCUUUGUUAACAUUGUAUUAUUAUCGAUGUUUUUAAAGAAUAUUCUCUUGUUCCAAGUUCCAUGGGUGAUAAUUCCUGUUUGUAUUGUGAGCAUGCAGACCGUGGUGCUAACAAUGCAUGGCCACUUGCCUUUUGAAGGAAUUCAAUACCACGGCUACCUGUUAAAGAGUUAUGGUAUAUAGACAACUGUUAAUUAAGUGAUAUAGUUAUCCAUAGUUUUUUACAGAAUGAUCUCUCUUUAAUUCAAUGAUGGUUAUGCUAAAUUGGAGCUGUUCAUGUGACGAUGUAAGAAAUUACUGCUUAGCUACAUUUAUGAAAGUAAUAUAUCAAAAAUACAGUGACCGUAGGAGUCAGAUGUCUUUUUACCUGCUUUAAAAAUUUAAAUGGAUUGCACCUGUCUGAGCUGUAAAAGAUAUAUUAAAGGAGACUUCCAUAAAUGUUAUAGCUUGGCUUCUAGCUUUCCUACACAUAUCGGUUUACCUGUACUAUGUUAAAGUAAGGUGAAAAACACUACAGAGCUUAUUAUUUGAAAGUGUAGUAAUAUAUUUGAAACUUUAUUUUGAUAGGAAAAUGUUAUCAGAAAGAUAAAUCAUCUUAAUUUGAAAGAAUUACCUGUAUCAAAAACAAAACAAAAAACCCUAUUUAAGAAAAGUCAGUAUUAUUGGACCAAAUUUGGUAGAGUUUUUCUUUUUUUUUUUUUGCCUAUUUCUAAUGCUACAAGAAUGCUGUAAAGUGUCUUUUAAAGUGAUGUAGCCUGACAAGACAUUUUUGUCAGUGUUAAACAAAUCUUAGGUAGUUUUGUGCACUUAUUGGGCCAUUGUGAAUUCUCUCUCGGUGUAAGUGCAUUUCUAAUAAAACUUCUUGAGUAAAACUCUUCUUUGUACUAUUACUAGUCAUGCAUCAUCAGUAAUUUUUAACAAUUCUUGUAGUAAGUAGAGGGUAAUACUAUAGUUACUUGUGGCAUGAUAAUGCAUUAAGUAGUAUUAGUUGAUUGAAUUUUUCUUUUUUUUUUCUUUUUCUUUUGCUUGUUUUGGGGUUUUUUGGUUGUGUUUUUGAUUUGGGGUUUUGGGUUUUGUUUUUGGGUUUUGGUUUGGGUUUUUUUUUACACUUAGGCUGUCCUAUGGGGUCAACAGUUUUCUGAUAAUGUGCAGUACCGGUAUUACAGUUCUGCAAAAAGUAGUAGGAACCUCUUUUUGGAUUCUAUAUUGUAGUGUUUCAGUUUCGUGUCUUCAAACGUUUGUGCUGAUUUUUAAAACUAUGUCUUUUAAACUCAUGUAAUGAUGUUAAUGCUUUUGGCUCUUCUCUGGUUAUUAGAGUUUGUAUUUUCACAAAGAAUGCUUUGUAGCAGGCAUUACGAUUAAUCUGUUUUGUACAUAAAUGUGCCAACAGCUUGAUGGUGGCGUUUUUGAAAUGUAGAACAAAGUGCUUGCAAAAAUGUAAUAAACACACUUGUGUACUUUGUGUACUUAUUAA